AUGCCCAGGUCUGGCCCUCCAAGCAAAUUCACCCCCAGAGCAGACCGCAAGGUGCUCAAAGAAGUCAUCAAGGCUAAGCAUGCCCGGGAGCUCGAGUCACCCUUCUAUGGGUCACUCACUACACCUUCGUCUCCACCCCCGGUUUUCCAGUCCGACAAGAGGGUUAAGCGGCGGAGGAAUAAGGAUUACGUGGCGCCGGACGGCAGCUGCUGUCCAGCCAUCCCCUGCACCUGUAUCAGUUCCUCGGGUGAGGGGGCUAGGGCCCAGUUGAUCCCUGCUCCAAUUUCCAGGCCAGCUGAGGCUCUGCUAGUCCCUGCACCCGUACCUGUUGCUCGGGUGGGGACAGCAGCUGCCCAGCCGUCGUCUGUGCCUGUUCCGGUUCCCAGGGUGAGGCUUGCCAGGACACAGCCUACCCCUGCACCCAUACCUACUCCUUGGGUGGGAGCGGCUAGUGCCCAGCAGGCUCGUGCACCCAUUCCUGACCUUGCUGGAGGCUCUGGUGAGCCCGUCCAGCCGUUUUUCUCAUGUUCUCGAGGCUCAGGAGGAUUAGCUCAGCUACCUGCUAAUCCACCACCUAACCCACCAUUACUACCAUCUUUACAACAGUCAAUACAUCUGAAACUUCUGUCCAUAGCUCACACAUUAGCUCACUUAUCAGUUCAGCCACCUGUUCCUGCUGGAGGGUCCAAGGGGCCCGUCCAGCCUUCGUCUGUUCUCGCUGGGGUUCUGGAGAACCGCACCAGCCUUUGUGUGUCUCUGCUGGAGGGACCCAGGGGCCUGUCCAACCGUCUGUUCCCGCUGGGGGUUCUGGAGAACCGCUCCAGCCGUCUUCCGUCUCUGCUGAAGGGUCUGAGGGGUCCGUUCAGCCUUCUGCCUCUGCUGGAGGGUCCGAGGUGCCCGUCCAGCCUUCAUCUGCCUCCGCUGGAGGGUCCGAGGGGCCCGUCCAAUCUUCGUCGCCUGCAGCGCCACCAUCUGCGGCUGCCAUGCCGUUGCCUGCAGCGCCACUUCCUGCAGUUUCCACACUCCCGCCUGCAGUGCCACCACCUGUUCCGUUGCCUGCGGUUGCCAUGCUGCCAUCUGGUCCUGCUUCGUCUCUGCCUGAGGCCUUCGCAUGGGCUUGUUCCGCUUUGUCUACGCCGGAGGUCUCCGCACCGUCUGGCCCUGCCUCACCUCGUCCUGUCCGGCCUGCUCGUCCUCGUCCUGUCCGGCCACUUUCCAGGCCGAUGGCUGGACGUCAUCGCCGUUAUGGACGGCCCCCUGAACUACGUCGCCGCCGGUGCCUCCCGCACGGCCGGCCUCCUGACCUGCUCCGUCGCCGCCGGUGCCUCCUGCACUGCCGGCCUCCCGAACUGUUUCCUGGGCUCUUGGGCUGUCAACCUCCGGGCCGGCCCCCUGAACUGCCCGGGUUUGGACUGUUGUGCCGUCAGCCUCUGGGCCGGACCCCUGAGCUUUUUUGGGGGGUGUUUUCCUGGCCGCCUGCGCCUUUUUUUUGUCUGGUUAUUUUCUGGGCUCCUGUGUUCCCUGUUUUGGUCUCCGGCUCCUUGUGUUUAGUUUGUUUGUUAUUUUUCCUGUUUUACUUUGGAGGUGCAUGUCUUAGGUUAAUGUAUCUGGUUUUGCUUCCCCUGUUUCGUUAGCCCUGAUUUGCCCGAGCUGUGUUUCCCUCCUGUUACCCAUUCUCUGAUUGCUCCCUCUGUGUAUUUAAGCCCUGUGUUUUUCUGUGUCCGUGUCGUGAUCUACCCUUAUCCACCCUCUUCUUGCUGUGUGUUCUGUCUGCGUAAGUUUAUUUGCAAGUUUGUUACCUUUUGAAUUUAGCAAUAAAUCUGAGUUUGAGUUACUUUCCGCCUCCGAGUGUCUGCACCUUGGGUCCUUUUCCUGCCUGCACACAGCCGUUACAUAACAGGAGGUGGCAGUAUCAUAGUUUGGGGAUGCUUAUCUGAGGCACCACCUGGCCAGCUCACCAUCAUAGAAUCCAUCAUGAAGUCUACUGUGUGUCAGAGGGUGGGUGAAGAACAUGUGAGGAGUGUGGCAAACUUCUGAUCUUCUGAUCGAUGUCAGAAACUGGUAAAAGACUACAAAAGGUGUCUUACUGAAGUUAUAUCAGCCAAAGGUGGCAACACUAGUUAUUGGGGGGGUAGAGUGGCCAAACUUUUUCCUCCAUUAAAAUACACAUUUUUGUUCUUUGUUUUUUUUAUGUGUAAUUUUUUUUUUUUAAUUUUUGUUGUUUAAUUGCAAUUAAGUUGCUUAAUUUUCCAGUAAUACAUGAAAACAUGAUUGGGCAGUGAUAUAUGGACAUUUCUUAAUAAAGAGCUGAUUAUUUAAUGCGGUGCCCUUAUUUUCUCACAUGACUGUUGUAAAAGUACCAGACACACACGAUCAUUGUGCUCACUAUUAUUGCGUUUUCUUGACAGUUGUGAACUCAAGGAAAACAGUCUGUUCCAGUCCAGCUCUCUCUCUCCCCGCUCGACUCUGGCUUCACUAUAUAGAGAAAUAGAAAGAGACUCCAUCAUCAGUCAAUCACCACCACCUGUGGCUCACCUGCUUCCCGGUACUGACCCCUUGAGCUCACUGCACCACUCCUCCCCUGCAGCUGCACCAGGGACCACACCUCAGCCACAACUGUAUUUCUUGUGUAACAAUUGUAAAAGAUCAUUUUUUUUUAUUUGCUUGGAUGAAUCUGUCAUUUCAGUACAUCUUUAUUGUCUUCAUUAUCUUUUUUUUUUCAUCACUUAUUGGUUCCACAAUAAGUGGAACCAUGCUGAAGGUAUUUCUGCUUGGAUGCUUCCUAUGCCUCACUCCAGUUCAACCAGUAAGUAUUAUUAUAUAAGUGAUUAUAUAUGCUACUACUUGAAAAUGCAAAUACAAGUAAUACAAUACUUAGGAAUUUUCUACAGAUUGUCAAUGUGUAUGAAAAGUAUGGUGGCUCUCACCACGGCUGAUAUGAGAUCACCACCAACAACAAUAUUUCCCUGCAGCAACUUCUCUCUGUCCUCCUACAAGCACCUGCUAAAACCACUACAACAGCUGCACCCACUACAACUCCCUGAAAUCUGAAAGAAA